CGCGUGUGACCACCAUUUGCAUUCACGCAUGCUUGACAACGGCGCCUCAUUGAUGUCAUUAAAGUGUUCAGAAAUGCUUGAGGGAUGUUGUUCCAGAUGUUGGAUAAAACCUGGCCUAAAUUAGCCAAUGUCACUGGCUGAUUUGGUAAACGGCGUAGACUGCUUGAACAACGCUCCAGACAUCGAUCAGCGCACGCUUUACCCGUGAAACAGCAAAGAGUUGGAUCUGAACGUUUGCCGAGGAUACGUCUAGUUUUACUACAUGCCCCAGUCGACUCGCUGUUUGUUAGCAGUGGAAGGUGUUUUCGAUCGAUAAAAAAAUGUCGGACACAAGGAAAGUCGAACUUCAGAAGAGUCCUGCUAUAGUUCGGAUAUCAGAAGAAGACAUCAAGUCAAUAGCUGGAGAUCUGAGACUAAAACUGACACCGGAGGAAAGCAGCGCUCUAUACGAUCACCUUGGAGACACCUGUAAGGCCUACCAGCGAGUGUACGAGUUGCAUGCGCCGACACCGACUGUCACCUACCCACGAACCCCAGGAUACAGAGAAACCGAGGACGAUUCAUGGUAUUAUCGUUGUGACAUCAAGGGUGCCGAAAAGGGACUAUUGGCGGGGAAAACAGUAGCGAUCAAAGACAAUGUUUGUGUGGCAGGGGUCCCGAUGAUGAACGGCAGUAAAGUACUAGAAGGAUAUGUACCAGAUCGAGAUGCCACAAUCAUUACAAGGAUACUUGAUGCAGGAGGAAGAAUUCUAGGUAAAUCCGUGUGUGAAGACCUUUGUUUCUCCGGCAACAGCGCGACGUCAUCAUCUGGACCCGUUAAGAAUCCGUACGAUCCCACUAGGAGUACCGGCGGAUCUAGCUCAGGAUCUGGAUCUCUGGUUGCUAGAAAAGUCGUUGACGUAGCUAUUGGUGGGGACCAGGGCGGAUCCAUCCGUAUUCCAUCAAGCUGGUGCGGACUCGUGGGUUUGAAGCCAACAUACGGUCUGGUGCCUUAUACCGGUAUAAUGCCGAUAGAAAUCACUAUUGAUCACACGGGACCGAUGGCCAGAACUGUGGAGGAUUGUGCCACUUUGCUGGAGGCGAUUGCUGGAUACGAUGACGGAAAUGACCCUAGACAGUUUCCGGCGAUGUCCGUUCCUUCCUAUUCCAAACUGUUCAACGAUGGAAUUAAAGGAAAAAAGGUAGCCAUUAUUUCUGAAGGUUUUGAGGGGGUAGAUGAAGACGUAGCGACGCUGGUAAGGGAUGCCGCUUUAAAACUUAAAGAAGCAGGGGCAGAAGUAUCGGAAGUCUCUCUACCCAUCCACAACGAUGGUACUGCAAUAUGGACUCCGGUUACGUUUGAGGGGACAUACCAAACAAUGGUGAAAGGAAACGGUCACGGAUACGGCUGGAAAGGAACCUAUGAUCUACCACUGCAAGAGGCGUUAACCGGUGCAUACAAAAAUCGCCCUUAUGAUGUCCCCUUUGCAGCCCAAAUUGUCAUGAUCUUCUCGGAGUACAUACAGAGGAACUAUCAGAACAAAUUCUACGCCAAGGCUCAAAACCUGGUCCAAGUCUUGAGAAGAGAGUAUGACAGAAUUCUUAGAGAUUAUGACGUUAUGGUGAUGCCCACACUUCCGGGAAAACCGUUUAAACUUCCCACAACAGAACAUUCUAUUGGAGAAACACUUAAACUUCUUUUUGGAAUGUUAAAAAACACGACCCCAUUCAACGUCACUGGUCACCCGGCCUUGACCAUCAACGCAGGGUUCAGCGAGGGGCUGCCAUGUGGGAUGAUGAUCGUAGGGAAAAUGUUCGAUGACGUUACGGUUCUUCAAGUCGCCCGGGCCUACGAGAAAAUUCGGGACGGGCAAAAAUAAACAGUCUGACUGUCGUUAUUACAACUAGAAUAUUUUAUGAUAUCAAAUGUAUGUAGUGAACUGCAAAAUGAUUUACAGUAAGCCACUUAAUAUAUAGAUUUGUAUUUCAUUAUCAAAACACUUUCACAUCUAGAUCUUUUUUAAAAACAUCUUUAAUUUGAAGUCGUUUUAAAUGAGCUCUCUACAUCCCCCACUGGAGAGAUUCCUUAUUGUGUGUGUAUUAUCUCUCUCUCUCUCUCUCUCUCUCUCUCUCUAUAUAUAUAUAUAUAUAUAUAUAAAUAUAUAUAUAUAAGAUAAUUACAAUGUAUUUAGAAGUAAAAAUCAGACAUUGUAGUUUGUAGUUCAUAUAAGUAUGGAAGUAAAAAUCAGACAUUGUAGUUCAUAUAAGUAUGGAAGUAAAAAUCAGACAUUGCAGUAAUCAGACAUUGUAGUUUAUAUAAGUUUGGAAGUAAAAAUUAGACAUUGUAGUUUAUAUAACUUUGGAAGUAAAAAUCAGACAUUGUACAUAGUUUAUAUAAGUUUGGAAGUAAAAAUCAGUCAAUGGAGUUUUGAAGCCUUAAUUGAAUAAAAGUGGUAAGUACAUGUAUUAUUAUUUAUGCUCUCCAUUUUUAUAAGAAUAUAAAAUACUAUUCGAAGAAACCGAUUUUCUCAUGUCCCGCAGCUUUGUUAUUUUUCUUGGCAAUUAACAAUAGAAUACAUAUUGUUGGUUGAAAAUGUCAUUUAUUAAUGACGAUUGAAGAAGUUGACAACUUAUUUACAACCCCUAUAAUAGGGAGAUCCCCGAGUAUCAAAAUUACAACUCAGACAACCUAAACAAGAAUGACAUUGGGAUCUCCCUAAUUUUUAUAAAUCUUGAUAAAUAUAAACAUAAUAAAAUAGAAAAAUAAGGUGGCACCUUAACAUUUUUGCCAUAAAAUCCAAUGACAAUUGGAUUUCCGCCACCCUAUUAUUAAUUACAUGUGGGUUUUGUGUGAUUUCUUUGCUUUCUCUUUGGUUGUUUGUUUGUGUGUUUUUUGUUUUUGUUUUUGUUUUUUUUUUAGAAAGUGGAAGUUGUAUACUGAAUAAUGUAUUAAUGUGACGUCUCCAUGUAAGUGGAAUAGUUUAGAAAUUUUAUCAAGCUAUCCUUCCAAAUUAAGAUCUUCAAAGUAAUGAAUAUAUCCCUACACGAAUGAAAGAUAGGUUAAAUUCAUGUUUCUCCCAUUUCAACACAUGACAAAUGUAUUUCUUUUUAAAAACAUUUAUAACGUAAAAGAUUCGAUAUAUCUCGGACCAGGGAUCCGGGUUAGGAUAGGUCCGCAGAAUCCCUUGCUUGUCGUAGGCGACUAAAUGGGGUGGUCCUUCGGAUUAGACCAUGAAAACCGAGGCCCUCUGUCACAGCAAGUGUGGCACGAUAAAAAUACCUCCCUGCUCAAAGGCCGUAAGCGCCUAUAGCAUAGGUCUAGAUUUUGCAGCCCUUCACCAGCAAUGGUGACGUCUCCAUAUGAGAGAAAGGUUUUCUUGCGGGACGUUAAAGAAUAUACAACCAACCAAUAUCAAUUUGACUUGAGGUAGCUUGUAUUACGCGGAUCUGAUUCUUGGCACGUGAGUAAGUUAUACUGAACAAUAUAUGAAUAUAAAUUGUACAAAGGACCAUCACCUGAUUAAUUACAUUAUUCAGUGGUAAAAAAGUUCGAAUAAUCGAAUAUUCUUCGACUAAAGCUAUCAAAUAAUCGACUAAGAAUAUACACGUAUACAGGCGCGGAUCCAGAAAUUUUUUCCGGGGGUGGGUGGGGGUCGAACCUUUUCACAAAAUCGAACCCGUGAUAUAAUGUUCAACCCUUUAUUUUCCAACUCUCGAAGGAAACGCUCUAUAUAACCACUGCACCACGCGGGCGACCUUUUUGUCGUGUAUUGAUGUUUUCUGGUAGGAAGUGUUAUUUAACUAAAGAGACUUGACUGAGAUAAUCUUCGUUUUCCUUGCCUGAUAAAUGAUUGUACAAUUUCCUUUUGGUCAAUUUCUAAUGAAUGGUGAAGAUGCAUUAGUGUAAGCCCAGUCAAUAUGUCCUCUUGCAUAGUACUGCGCAUGUAACUCUUGAUGCGUCUUAAUCCAGAAAAGGAUCUUUCGGCCUCACAUGUUGCGAUAGGUAAAACACAUCCAAUGUGAAGAAGAAUUUUCACGUUCGGGAAAACGUUCCCAUCUACAAUGUUGAAAAGAUUGAGCAGAUUGCAGAGCUUAUCUGAAGUUUCUUUGCUCAUGUUAACACAAUAACGUCUCCAAUCUCUGAGUUCUUUCUCCAAGUCCUUUACAGAAAGACAAUUUUACCAAGAUCAGAAAAAUCCGAAUCGUCAAAAGAUGUUUUAUCUUUAUCAUUUUCUGUUGUCUUAAUAAAUGCAUUGUCAUCAGA